AAUUCAAUCAAAAAUUAAACACCUCCCUUAGAAGAUCAGGCACUUGCUCAUCUCAUCUCAUCUCACCUCUUCUUCUGUUUCUUGAUGCUCUUCUUUAAUGGCGAGGAAGCAAAGAAAACUCUUCCCUGCUCUAACUGCAUCAAACCAAACCGUAGACUGUGAACCUUAUAACUGCGAACCUUUCCCGGACUACUACUACUUCCCACCGCCACCUCCUCCGCCGCCAUCUCUCUCAGGCGCCGCUCAUUCAUCCCCAAUCCUUCACAUCUCACCCUACCUCAUCAUCUCUUUUUUCUUCUUAGCCGGCGUUCUUGUUCUUGUUUGCUACUACGUUGCCAUAGCAAGGUCUUGUCCCAGUUGGUGCAGCAGCCGGAGAAACAACGGGCCCGCACCCUCCCAAUCCGAAGGUACAGAUGAUCAAGGGUUUCUUGAUGAGACUCAGGUCGAUCAUCCCAUCUGGUUCAUCACCACCGUCGGUUUGCAGCAGUCGGUGAUAAGUUCGAUUGCGGUCUGUAAGUACAAGAAGAAUGAAGGGUUGAUUGAAGGGACAGAGUGUUCCGUUUGUUUGAACGAGUUUCAAGAAAACGAGACGCUUCGGCUCUUGCCUAAGUGUAGCCACGCCUUUCAUAUACCCUGCAUUGAUACUUGGCUGAGGUCUCACACAAACUGUCCUUUGUGCCGUGCCAAUAUUAUGACCGAUACUGUCAGUCUAGACAAUGUCGAUCAGAAUUCUAACAAUUUGAACGUAAACGAAGAGACCCAUAUGACCAAUUCUGGGAAUGAAAGCGACUUGCGUGAUUAUCAGGUGAGAAAUCGUGAGAUGUCUGAAAACAGGGCUGGAACAGGGGAUGAAGGUGAGUUGCUAGAGGUGGAUGGUGAAAGAAUAUCAAAAGAGGGUGUGAAUUGUAGCGGGGAGCAUGCUUCUCGUGCGGUCGGUCAAUCUGAAGGGAGCUCGAUUAAUCAAAUGGAGGAUGCUGAAAAGUCAGAUUUUUUGGAUAAUGCCAACAAGCAAGAUGGUAGACGCUGCAGCAUGCACAGAUUGAUGGGCAGUCAUUCUUCAAUUGAGCAAUGUCUGCAUAUAAGGCCUCUUUCUAUGAAAAGAUCAGUUUCCAGCGGUGGGAGGGUUUUGUCAUUGAGAUACAACCGGAGCCUGAGUUCAAUUCUGUAAAUGUAAAGUUUUCAACUUUUUAUUUUAUUAUUAUUCUUAAAAAGAAAUAGCUAUAAGUGAGGAAUCUGAGAUAUAUACUG